UAUAUCAGCCAUGAGUCAUGAGUAGCUCAAUAUCCUUUCUCCCAUUCAAGCCAAGCCACUACGUUUUCUCUCUCCCAAGAACAGCUGAAUGGCAGCGGAAGCCGAUGAGCCGAAAUGGGAAGGCAAAGCCACAGCCAAGCUACACAAGCCCACACCCCAACAGGUAUGGCCUCUCCUAGAGGAUUUCUGCAGCUUCCACAACUGGCUCCCAACCAUCGACACGUGUUGCAAAGUCGAGGGGGGGCACGCCGGCCUCGUCCGCUACUGCGCCGCCACUCUGCCGCCACCACCGGACGGCGGCGAUGGGGUUGUCAAGUGGUGUCACGAAAAGCUGGUAGCUAUGGAUCCAACCCAUAAGUUGUUAAGCUAUGAAGUAUUGGAGAACAACAUGGGGUUUAAGUCGUACAAGUCAACCAUAAAAGUAACGGCAAUCGAGGGUGGCGAUGGUUGCCAGAUCGAAUGGUCGUUUUUAGCUGAUCCAGUUGAAGGUUUGAGUUGCGAUGAUCUGGUCAAUUAUCUUGAAAUCAGUCUUCAAGGGAUGGCGCAGAAUAUGGAGAAAGCAUUGGAGGCCUCUUGAUUGCAAAACUAUGUUAUGAGGGCUAUGUAUCUAUCUUGUAAGGCAACAAUCAAUUAGAAUUAUGAUAUGCGUACUUGCUAUGUUGAAUGAAAUCCAAUAAUGUUGGAGUUUGGACUGUUUUGAAUGUUGAUGUUAGGUUUGAUUUUGCUGUUUGUAUUUACAUCUUACAACAUUGUGGUCAUAUCAAAUCAUAUAUACUUGUAAAAUCCUUUAUAACUUGUUGACUAUAAUAGAAAAUUAGCCUUGCCUGUUA